AUGGAAGAGGGCGCCCUGCUCGGCGGCAUGUCCAGCCCCGAAGAGGCGAUGGUGCCAGACCUGUUCGGUGCGGACGGCGGGUUUGUGUCCGAGAACAUGCCCCUGAAGGCCGCGGCGUUGGUCGGGGCCGAGGAGGAGGAGUUCCACGUGCUCAAAGACCCGUACCUGAGCGCCGCGGGCCCCAAGGGGCCCCUGCUGCACGCGUUCAACCCGCCGCUGAGCGUGGACUGCAAGACCAAGGCCAAAGCCGAGCUCCUGGUGGAGGACAGCGAGGAGGACAUGCUUGGGGAGUUCCCGAGGCUCCCCGAGCUCGACCCCCUGGAGGACGCGGUGCUCCCCGCAGCGGUGCUCCCCGCAGCGCCGCCCCCGCAGCCCUACAACGUGCACUUCCUGUCCCCCAUGCGGACCGCGCACGGGAGCCCCGCCAUCGUGCCCCUGGGCGCCUGGGCGCGCGAAGGAGCCGCGCACGCCGGUGUCCGCGUCAUUCCAGUGGAGGUGAAGGAAGGAGGGGGCGCCAGUGAGAUCCCGGAGGAGGCUGCCCUGCAGAACCCCCUGUGCCCGGAGGCCUGCGUGUUCCCGUCGUCCCAGGAGGCGGAGGGCGCCUCGGCCGCGUCCCACCAGGACACCGGCCCCGUGGUGCUGUGCCAGCUGCGGGGCGGCGCGCCAGUGCUGCGCGUGGAUGGCUCCGGCGCGGCGGGGCUGCAGGCCCUCCACUGGGCCCCACGUGGGCAGGACCCGGGCGAGUCUCCGCAGGCAGACGGCCCCAGGCCAGUGACCGCCCUGGUAGGACGCCUCUUGCCCGUGCCAGCAAAACUGAACCUCAUCACACAACUCGGUGAGGCCGCCUCCGCGUCCGCAGCCAACGGGUCCGCCUUCCCCGCGGGACCAGCGCUCGGGGCGCCGCCCAAACCAGCUGUGGCCGGGUGCUGCGACUGCCUUGCCGCCGGGGACUGCGGCGGCCGCUGUGGCGGCUGCAACUGCCGCAGCAGUUUGUGUCACGGGAUCGAGCGGCUGAAGGCCAUCAAGGCCGCAGUGACGUGCUCUUCGGUCUGCAAGUGCGCCGGCUGCGAGAGCUGCCCGGGAAGCCCAGAGCGGAGAGCACCGGCGGCCGCGCCUGCCUGCGCGGGGACCGGAGGCGCUGAGGGCGGCCGGCCGCCGUGCAGAGUGGAGAGGCGGUCCUCGUGCAUCUCCUGGGAGGUGGUGGAGGCGACCUGCGCCUGCCUGCUGGCCCAGGGCGAGGAGGCCGAGCGGGCGCAGCGCCCGGAGGGCCUGGCCCAGCAGAUGAUCCUGGAGGAGUUCGGGAGGUGCCUGUCGCAGAUCCUCCACACUGAGUUCAAGUCCAAAGGGCUGACCAUGGAGUAGAGCAGAACCCGGUGGGACGCGGUGCCGGCAGGAGGCGCGUCGAGGACGGAGGCGGUUUUCAGGACGGGAGGCCAGGUCUGGGGGAGUGGCCACACCAGUGAGGUCAGGCCCCCCCUGCGCACCGGGGGCACGAGCACUCGGUCUCCGAGGGGCCGGCCCCCGAAGCCCCUGCGUGAGGGCAGGCACGACCCGGCCGCUGUUGUGGGGCCACGGCGGGGAGCGUGGGCCCGUGGGCUGGGCGACGUGUCUGCACCGACCCUGGAGGCUGGCGGACGGGCCCAGGGCCCAGGGGGCGGGGGCGAGCCUGGCCCUACUGACCACGUCCCCCUCGGGAGUUUUCCUCUGGACGUGUCUCUGCGUGAAAAGCCAUAUGAUUUCCCCCGAGUUAUUUAGAAUCCAAGUCCCCCGAUGGGCCGCUGAGACACAGCUUGAAAUCCCCAGGGAAGGACUGCACACCCCCAGGAUCUGCGUGCAGACAGGUCCCCGGGGAGGCAGGGACCCUCGUGCACGGCCGCCCCGGCAGUGUCUGGGGUGUGGGGCUGGAAAUCACCCGGUUCCCCAGGGGUUUCUGUUCGUAGUGCGCAGACGUGCCAGCGCCCACCCGAACGCCCCGUAAUGACCGUUGUAACAGUGUUGUAGUUGGCGGGUGUGGUUAAAGUAACUAGUUUUCGAAGCCAGCAGGUAAGA